UUAAUAGUGUGCCAACUCUAGAACAAAUUAUUGGCUCUACCCCUGAGGGGAGGUUUCUCGGCGAUGGAUGACUACGAGUCAUUGAUUGCGACCACCGAUGCUGAGCUCUUGAAGCGUGCAUGGCGGAAUGAGAAGGCUGCUCCUGAGAUUCUUCAGUUUGAGACUGAGUUGGUUCAGAGAUCCCGAGAACAGAUUCAAUUGGUGGAAGAAACGGUGGAGGAGUUCACGAGAAAUGGUAUUGAUCCACUCACUGUAUCACUUUACCAGAUGGACUUGGACAGGAUACUGUUUUUAUUGAGAUCAUAUCUUCGGACUCGUCUCCAGAAGAUAGAGAAAUACAUGUUUCACAUCCAAAAAGCUACUGAACUCUGGAAUCGGCUAUCUAAGCAAGAACAAAAUUUUGCCAAAAGGUCCAUUGAAGAUAUUGAGCAACAUUUUGAACAAUCUGUUCUGUCAAAAUUGCCUGAUCGUUACAAGUCCCAUCUGAAGCAAUCUGUAACAAGUGAAGAGGAUGACAUGGUUCCAGAGCCACUGCUGGACACCUAUGUCAUCUGCAGAAGCAAGAGAUUCUUAGGAGCUUUCCAGCUUGACGAAAGGCAACUUUUUUAUUCAUAG